AUGAUGCUAAUAUCUCUGGCCCUUCGGUGGGCAUUAUUACUAUUCGUGCACUUAUGUGGAGCAAUAAAUCUUGAUACAAGCUCAAAGGAUUCCAUUUGCGCUGCCGCAGAUAUUAUUCAAACCGACAUUAUGAACUAUUAUCCAGGUAAGGAAAAGGGUGGUGAUGUGGGAGUUUUUGCGCCGCCUUACUAUUGGUGGGAAGCGGGGUUAGUUUUUGGUGGAAUGUUGGAAAACUGGUACUUAUGCGACAAUACUAAAUACCAACAGAUUUUGCACGAUUCUUUGGUUGCUCAGUCUGGUUCUAAACAUGAUUUUAUGCCUGAAGAAAGAGUCUGGGAGCUUGGUAACGAUGACCAAGGUGUUUGGGGUUUAUUUGUCAUUGACGCGGUGGAACGUAACUUCCCGGAUUCCACUGAACCAGGUGUACCAGGAUGGCUUGCGAUGGCACAGGCCGUCUAUAACACUAUGUUAGCCCGUUGGGAUACAGAACACUGUGGAGGUGGUUUAAGAUGGCAAAUCUUUGCAUAUAAUACUGGAUAUGACUAUAAGAACACUAUCUCAAACGGAUGUCUCUUCCAUAUAGCGGCUAGACUUGCUAGAUAUACCGGCGAGCAGGAGUAUUUGGACACCGCAGAAAGGGUCUUUCAGUGGUUAAUGGACGUUAAAUUUAUUGAGUUCCAAAACCCUACUAAUAUUAUGGAUGGUUCCAAUAUUAGAUCAAACUGUACUGAUAUAAAAGGCCCACAAUGGUCCUAUAAUCAUGGUAUUAUACUUGCAGGUUGUGCGUACAUGUAUAGCGUUACCAACUCUGAUGUUUGGCGCGACAGAAUCACUCAAAUCCUUGAAAGUGUAAAGUAUUACUUCUUCAGAGAUAAUAUCAUGUACGAAAGUGCAUGCCAGGGCACUUCCAGAGGAUGUAACAAUGACCAGCGUGCUUUCAAGAGUCUUCUUUCACGUAUGAUGGCCGCUACUUCUAUCCUCGCACCAUUUACAAACGAUGACAUUAGUACUAUGUUGCGGACUUCAGCAGCUGCCGCAGCUGCUUCCUGCUCGGGAGGAUCAAGUGGCUCAUCUUGUGGCCAGGAUUGGAGCCGUGGCUAUGAUGGUCUUUUCGGUCUUGGUGAGCAGAUUAGUGCUUUGGAUGUUAUUCAGAGUUUACUGAUACACACAAAGCCUGGUCCAAACACGGCCAGCCAGGGUGGCUCAAGUAAAGGUGAUCCAAACGCAGGAAAGGAUCAAGGAACGAACGAAUUACAACUAUCCCCAACUGUUGAUGUUAAAUCUAAGGAUCGUGCCGGAGCCGCCAUUCUAACCGCAAUUGUAUUGAGCUUGAUGCUUGCAACAGCGCUAUGGAUGAUGUUUUAA